GACCACCAGCUUACCACGGCUAGCUUGACGCACUGACCCCGGUCCAGUCCUGUCAAACUUCACCGACACAGGCGUUUCACUUCGGGCUGCUGUUGGCUGCUGUGUCCUGACGAUGGAGCGGAAAGUUGCUCGGGAAUUUCGGCAUAAGGUGGAGUUGCUGAUUGAGAAUGAGGCAGAGAAGGACUACCUAUACGAUGUCCUCCGCAUGUAUCACCAGUCGAUGGAUUUGCCGGUGCUUAUUGGGGACUUGAAGCUGGUAAUCAAUGAACCAAAGCGUUUGCCCCUGUUUGAUGCUAUCCGACCUCUGAUCCCACUCAAACACCAGGUGGAGUACGACCUGAAAACCCCUAAGAGGUCACGGAAGCUCAAAGAGGUGCGUUUGGAUCGGAUGAAUCGUGAUGGACUGGGACUGAGUGUCCGCGGAGGGCUGGAGUAUGGCUGUGGUCUCUACAUCUCACAGAUUGUUAAAGACGGUCAGGCUGGGAAUGUCGGCCUUCAGGUUGGCGAUGAGAUUGUUCGCAUCAACGGAUACUCCAUCUCCUCCUGUAUCCACGAGGAGGUCAUCAGUCUCAUCAAGACGAAGAAGACUGUGUCACUCAAAGUCAGACAUGUUGGGAUGAUUCCAGUAAAAAGCUCUUCAGAUGAACCCCUCAAGUGGCAAUUUGUUGACCAGUUUGUGUCUGAGUCUGGGGAGAAAAAAAGCAGCAUUGCAGGCUUGACGUCCCUUGGAGGGAAGGAGAUCAAAGAGAAGAAGGUUUUCCUUAGCCUUGUGGGUACCACGGGUAUGGGCAUUAGCAUCUCCAGUGGACCGUCACAGAAACCUGGCAUCUACAUCAGUAACGUCAAGUCAGGCUCCCUUUCUGCAGAAGUUGGGCUUCAGGUUGGAGACCAGAUCGUGGAAGUAAAUGGAGUGGAUUUCACCAAUACGGACCACAGAGAGGCUGUGAAAGUCCUGAAGAGCAGCAGAAGUCUGACUAUUACUGUCCUGACAGGAGCUGGCAGUGAAUUGUUUAUGACAGAUGAGGAGCGUUUGGCAUUGGAGGCCCGCAGGGAGCUUGAAAGACAGGAGCUGAUGCAUCAGAAGAAGGUGGCACUGGAGACCAACAAAAUCCUUAAAGAGCAGCAGGAGAAGGAGAGGCAGAGAAAGAUGGAGAUCUCUCAGAAAGCUGCAGAGGAAGAAGAGCGCUAUAAGAAGGAGAUGGAGAAGAUUGACUCUAUGGAGAAGAAACACCACAGAGAGUGGGAGGAGGACUGGGGAACCAAAGACAGGCCUAAAAGCCCAAAGAGCCCUUCUCCCCCACCUGAGAUGAAAAGUUCCCCCACUCCAAAGACCAAGAGUUCUCUUGAAGAAGCCAGCUCCUUCACAGAGGAAGAUGAAGAGGAAGAGCAGGACGGAGAAGGCUUUCAGAAAUAUGAGGAAGACUUUGAUCCCUUCUCAAUGUUCUCCUCGGACCAGAUAGCCGGGCGAGAUGUGAGACUGCUGAGAAUCAAAAAGGUGGGACAGCUUGACCUGGCUCUGGAGGGGGGUGCAGACUCUCCCUUGGGGAAGUUAGUGAUAUCGUCUGUGUAUGAAGGGGGAGCUGCAGAUAAGCACGGUGGCGUUGUACCCGGGGAUGAGCUUAUGGCUGUGAAUGGGAAGAUCCUGAUUGAUGCCACAUUGACUGAAGGACAAAACUCUCUGGCUCGAGCUUGGAGUAGUGGAGGGGACUGGAUUGAUGUUGUGAUUGCAGUGUCCCCUCCAAAAGAGUAUGAAGAUGAAGUAACGUUCUUCUAGUUUCAUUAACAACCUGCCAUUAAAACCAGACUGAUUAAGAAGAAAGAGCCCUUAAUUCUUGUGGAUUCCUUCAGGGUACAUCAUCUCUUUAAUCACAUUAGAAUAAUAAUACUAUUUCCUCUUCAUCGUUGCCUGUAAAAGAAACUCACAAUGGUCUUCUUGCUUUUACUUUGUAAUACGCUGGGAUCUUUGAAAAUAAGGGGUCUUGACACACAGUCAAUAUGCAUUCUCACUGUGUUGAUUCGUGAAGGAUGCUCCUGUCAAUAUGUACGUGUCUCCAAUAAUCCCCUUCACCUCUGUCGAGCCUGGACAUGAAACCGGGGAACUCAUUUAGAUACGCACCUUUAGACAUGUGUCUCAUCUGUCAAUGUAACAAAAAAGGGGCAAGUAACAGCAGUAAAAGUGUAAUCAGUAUCACCUCCAUGAUCUGCCUUUUCAAAGCCUAAUAAAGGAACACUUAUA